GCCGUGCCAUGGGGAUGUGCCAUGGGGCUGGGGAGAGGGCAGUGGAGCAGUCCCAGCACCCCUGCAGCUCUCAGUAGGUCUAUAUGACUUACUUUGGGUGAAGCUGAGCCGGGUGCUGGGUUGGCAGCCUGCUCCUGCCUCAUGCCUGGCUGUCCCCACCAGUGUUCCUUGGCCUUGGGGACCCUCCUACGGCAUCAGUGCUGGGAGACCCUGCACUACAAUGGGUGCUCAAGCCACAUUCCAGCUUCUUCCUUCAGAAAAUCACCAAGACCAGGAAUCUGGGGAAGAAAAGCAGGAAAGGCAGGAAUGGCUGCAAUGCCAAUGGCUGGCCAGGAUGGAGCCAUGGCAUGACUGCACCACUGGGGCCAGGGUUUUGGCAUGGGGUGGGCACGCUGUGUCGCACAAGGCUGAGUGCACGGCCGUACAGUGACAAACGGCCGGGGGGCACCCCAAAACCACCCACCCAUCGCCAGAAGUCCCUCCUCCGCUCUCCCCUUCCCAAUUUCCCGGGCCUCCCUACGCAUCAGACGGAUGCUGGGUAAGAGGUGUGUCUGCCAGAGCCGUGCUUGCCACGCAGCAUCCCUGAGCCGAUCUGCAUCGGCGCUUGCCAUCCCUGGCAUGGGCUCUCCUGUCUGGGAUGGGGGCACGAGCGGACACGGACAGAGCUGAGCCUCUCCAUGCGAUGCCAGCACAGUGUCCAGGCUCCCGAGCCCUCACUGCGGGACGAGGACGUCACCCAGCUGCCCGCAGCGAGCCCCUGGCAGGUUCCCCGCCACCGGGCACGGCGAAGCCAGCUCAUUCCCCUGCCGUUUUCCCCUUUUCCUCCCCCUUGUUUGGCUUUUGGCAGCAGAGCCACGGUGGUGGCUGGGGCGCGCAGUGCCGGGGAAGGGCUGCCAAGCGCCAGCAGCCCCCCGGCCCCCCGUGCCAAGGCUGGUGGCUGGCAGAAGGGCUGCCUGUGCCUGGUGGGGCUCCGUCAGCUGCGGGAGGAUCCCUGCGCCGCGCUCGCUGCCAAUUUCCCUGCGAGCUGGCACCGUGAGCGGCUCCGGAGGCACCGGCGGAGAAGGCUGGGGAGGACGGAUUGUGAGAGGGAGAGAGGAAAAAAAACAACUAAUGGACACAUGCCAUCGCGGGAGCGGCGAGGCUGCCGCUGCCAAGGCGCCAGCAGGCAGCGAGGGGCCAAAACCCGCUACGGCGAAGAGAGGAGGGUCUGGCAGCCCGUCCUGGCGCGAGACACAUGGAGGACAGGCAGCGUGGCAGCGGCACGGCAUGGCCAAGGCAGGACGGGUGGCAGACGGUGGAGCCAGAGCGGAGAGAGGUCAGUGCAGGAGCAGCGCUGGAGCCAGCGGUGGACACCAGUGUGCCGGGAGCACUGUGGCUUCACAGCUCUGCUGGAACCCAUGUGAAGGCAAGGGACUCUGGCCAGGACUCCAGACAUCAAACCUGGCUGGCACCGGGGGAAGGAGCUGGCACUGAACUCAGGGAAAGAGAGAUGUUGGCAAUGCUGAGCCCCAGCAUCACCCAGCUCUUCCCUGCUGCUCUGCACCACUGAAGGACCCGGCCUGUUCCCAAGCAGCACUCUUGUGCCCAGGGAUGUCCUCGCUGCACCAGCACCAUGAGGACAAACCUCCCUCAGGGUACCUGACCCCAGCACCCAUUGCCUGCCAUGGCAGGGGUCCCAGCAUCCAACUUUGAGGGCAUCAGCAUCUUCCUGGGAGUGGUGUGCAGUAAGGCAAGAGGAGCUGGCCUGUCCCAUCACAUCCUGUCCCAUGCUCAAGCAUCACUAGACAGACUGGUCCAUGCCUGGCUCUCACAGCCAGCCCAUGCAUCAUGAAUCCAAGCUGGAGGAGCAGCUCUUCCCAUUCCUGCAUCAGAUACUGGGAUUAAACACAGCACCCUGCUUGUGAGGGACAGACCAUGCUGCAGCCUGGUCCACAAGCAUCCCAUGGAGAAGGAUUGGAAAAGGUGCCUCCAGCAGCUGAAUGGCACCACCGCAGCCCCUCCACCUCAUUCAAACCUCCUGGGGCCGCUAUUCAUGGGACCACAAAGCCCUUUGCCUGCCCCAUACUUCCCAUUGCAGGGCUGGGGCAGGAAUGCUCUCCGUGUUACAGAACGCUCCCCCCAUCUCCCGCUCUCCCCCGUUUUCCUCCGUAUUUCACAGUUCCUGCUUCCUGCACAAGGCAGGGGUCUCCAGGGACUCCAGCCAGAUGUUCUCUGCAGCACACCACAUUGCUUUCCUAAUGAAAUAUUCAUGGAGCCUCUCCGCCUUUUGCCAUGAAAGCCUUCUGCAGCUCCCAGCCAUGGAAACGCUGUGCAGGCAGCAUUCCUGCAAAGCCAUCCCCGCCGGGGUCCCGGCCCAUGCUUCCCGCUCAGCACCUUUCCGCUGCUCCUCCUUCCUCUUCCUCCUCCCGCAGGCAGUGCCGGAGCAGGGGCUUCAUCCCCUCUCUCCUUACAUUGCCAAGGGCACACGCAGAGCCAUGUGCUGGGGAUGCUGGUGUGCCCUCAAGGCCAUCACCCACCCCAAGGCAGGGUCCGUGGAUGGC